UGCUACUAUCGAUGUUUUAUUUUCACUACCGAUGGUAUCGAACAGAAUUUUAUCUCUGUCCCAUCACUACUUCUGACAAAGGACGCGCUAAUCGGUGGAAAAUUUGGACACAUUGCAAUUAGUGUUGGCGGUUCUAUGGAUAAUUACCUGAGAAUUUCCAAUAACAAAGAUGCCAGAAUGUUCUGGACAUCAGCAGUGACCCGGAAGAGGGAAGUCCCUGUACGAACAGUUCAAGAGUUGGAAAAUCGAAGGUAUGGAGAUAUUUUGAAAAAGCAAAACGAGGUAAAACUGCCGCUAUUGUGACAAAAUUUACAAGACGAGUGGCAAUACGUCUAACAUGUUUGACCAUCUAAAGCGAUCGCACCCUUCAUUAAAAGAAUUGUCAAAGCCAUCGGGAACAAUAACUUCCUAAUUGGAUAAAUCGAAGGUGUAUGAAGUAUCAUCACAACGAAAAAAGACCUUGACAGUGCUUUGGUGAAAUUUAUUGCGUCAGAUGUGCGACUAUUUGCAAUAGUAGAAGACAAAGGAUUUCGCGAAUUUGUGAAGGAACUCAAUCCUCGUUACGAAUUACCAUCUCGAACGACCCUUCAAAAUGUGUUUAUGGCGAACAUUUUGAACAAGAUAACGGCAAUCGUCACCGACCAUGCUAAGUCAAUGCUGAAAGCGUGCGAACUGUUACAAAAACGGAACCUUCCAUGUUUUGCUCACUCGCUAAAUUUAGUUGUGCAAGAAAGUUUAAUGCUAGACAACAUUCAACUCAUUCUAUUGAAAUGCAAACGCAUUGUGUCGUAUUUCAAAAGCAGCACAAUGGCGUACGCCAAGUUUAAUAUGGAAUUUACAUGAUUCAACUUUCACAGGCGAUUAGUUGAACCAAAAGUUGAACGAAAGUAGGGAGCCGACCAACUUCAUUGUAAGCGAUUAGUUGAAAGGCUGUUUACACCAGGCGAUUGUUGCUUUCAACUAAAAAUCGCCUGAAAAAUCGCCUCAUGUAAAUUCCCUAUAAAGCAGCACAAGAAACAGAGAAGAAAUAUAGCUUAAAACAGGAAGUGGCGACACGAUGGAACAGCGCAUACCUGAUGAUUGGUCGUAUUUUAUUAACAAAUGAUGCAAUUGUAAAAGUUCUGCUCAAUAUAUCAAAAGCACUACAACCUUUGACAGCAGACGAAGUUGCGUUAUUACAAGAUUUGAUGCAGUUACUUUCACCAUUUGACAAUGCCACUAUGCAAUCAUCCUCUAGUUCCACAGUUACGAUCUCCUUAGUCAUACCGCUUGUGUGUGGUCUUUUGCAUACUUUAGAGAACCUAAAAACGAAUCUCAGAACUGCUGAAGGACUUGAUGCGUGCAUCUUUAUGAUUGAACGUGUUAAGAAAAGACUACUGAUGUAUGAAGAACGCACAGCCACACGAUUAGGAACAUUGAUGGAUCCCAGAUUUAAGAAGCAGGGCUUCUUUUCUCCUUUUAAUGCUAAUGAGCCUGGAAAAAUUCUAGAAAAUGAGCUUGCAGCUGUAAGCAAGGUGCAGAGAACACAACUUUCUCCAGGCAUUGGUGCCCCAGAACCGCCAACACUAAUUGAAAAGCCUGGGCCGUCACAGCAAACGUUAUUUGGAUUCCUUGAAAGAAAUAUAGCGAGAAUUUCGAGGACUAAUCGGGUCGAUGCGAUUGUCACCUUACGGCAAUAUUUGGAGAAUCCACAUUCUCCUCAGGGCAGUGACCCCUUGGAAUAUUGGAAAUGCCUUCCGAAUGAUUCUUUUACAAAAGCGUGCGCUGCUCGAUUUCUUUGCGUUCCAGCCACAUCCACAGAAUCUGAAAGGAUGUUCAGCAGAGCAGGCAUCAUAGCAAAUCAUAGCUUCUUUAAAGGCAAAGAAUGUGGACAUGCUUGUAUUUCUUAACAAAAAUUUUUGGAUCUCUCAAUUACAUUAAUACAUUUUCUUAAACUAAAUUUUUUUAUAUUACAAAGCUUUAAAAGCAAAUCCAAUUCGCCUUAAAAAGAGACUCAAUAUCCCUAUGAUCUCGCAUUAAUGUGUGUAUAUAUAUUUUUAUACUUUAAUUUAUAUGCAACUGUUUGUUCAUUUUUUAAUAUACUUUUCUUUUAU